CUGUUAACACUCGACGUGGUAACGCCUCAGCAGUUUAUGUACGUGGACAAAGCCAUAAUGAGGAUUGUACUUUCCAUAACAAAAGAAAUGUAACUAUUGAACUGGCAAAGUGUAAUGUUAGAAGGAAAAGAGAAAUUAAUCCGAAUCCUGGAAUUGCUUAUCAAAUGACUAUUGUAGUUCAAUUACAUCCGUUGUUUGUCACUAAAGUUGAUCGUGCAUACAAUGUCAACUGUUUUUACAAAGAAAAGCCUCAGGAUGUUAGUGUUGAUUUUGGAGUGAGCGAUAUUGUCACCCAACAAUUGUAUUCUGAACCUCUACUACCUGCCUGUACUUAUUCUGUUCAUAGGCAAGUUUUGAAAGAUAGUCCAAACGGUCCUCGUGUUAAAUACACACAUGUUGGUGAACAACUCUAUCAUGUGUGGGAAUGCCCCUCACGUAUGUAUUCAAUGCUUCUAUAUAAUUGUCAAGCUGUUGAUGGAAAGGGAGCUGAAUUUGCUAUUAUUGAUGCUAAUGGAUGCAGUAAAGAUGGUAAUAUUUAA